AGAAUAAAACUUUCACCGGAGAGUUGUUGACUUGCAUCCAUGGAGCGCUUCUCUUCGAAGCUCGUCCACGCCCUGUGUGUGUCCGUAGCCAUUUCGGCCAGGCGAGUAAGUGAGUUGAGAGAAGAUCCUAGAUUCUAGCUCUGAAGAAAACUUUGGGUGCGAUCUUCGUCUCCGGUUCGUACCGAUUGGCGUUUCGACCCUCGAUUCACGAAGGUCGGAACCUUCAUCAUGGGUGCACGAAUGUCUUGUUUUCAAGGGGAGAAUGGCAGUAGCAAGGACUACCUCAAAUUGGGCACCGUCGUCCCCAACGACGACCACGUGAGGAAGGCUGUACAAUCACAAGCGGUUGUUAUGUACGAUUUGGAAUCGUCGAGAUUGGUGGAAGAUCACGCAGCAGUCAGAAGAGCCCUGUCGUACGUGCCGGGCUGGGUGGAACAAACUCCGCUCGACGGGUUUCUCGAGUACUGGUUCUUCUUCAGUAACGACGACCAAAGGAAAUACCCUGCAGCCAAAGCUCGACUUCCAUGGCCGAUCUUUCACGCCACAUCUGCCGAGACGCUCCAAGCGUUCGUGCAUGUGGUCAAUCGGGUGGCGCAUCGUACAAUCCUCACAACAAUGUCAGACACCCGCAGAGAUUCACGGCAUCAGGCGAAAGAAGCAAAGAUUAUUCAGAAAAUCGAAGAGGUGAGAUGGAGUGGAGUGCCUUCCACCAUCUUAUAAGCUUCUGAAUUCCAAGUCGAAAUUCACGAAGUCGAGCAACAAAUUGAAAUCUGAGAAAGCUACGGUCGUCCACAUCAACGUGUGUGGUAAUUAAGACGAGAGAAUUUGGCUCAUACUGCAAGUGGCUACGUGAUCGAGAUAACUACACACCUCAACAAACCGCAAGGGAAUGAGCUGCAGGAGCUGAGAAGCGUGGUCAUGAGCUAAACAGCUGCAAUCGGCAGAACUGCCCGGCUCCCAGCUUCCAUGCUCUGGCUCAACUGGCUCAAAUACCGUGGCUAUUACAUGUAUCCUACCAUUCCAGAACUUCCAGCUCCAAGCUGUCUGUACAGUCUCAGAGAAUUCAUCGUGCCUGCAUUUUCAUUCUGGUGAUGGAGACACAAGUCUUUGGUUGUCAAGGUGCAUAUAUUACAUAAUUGUCGUGUAGAGCUACACUGCUAUUUGUGGCGGUUAUUGUUUGAGCUGCAGCAUGAGAGUUAGCGCCACAUGAUAUGCGCAUUGCUGUGCGGCUGCGGGCAUGUCGAGCCGCACGCAUUGUCAUUGAUUGUUGUGCAAAUCCAAGCUCCUUGAAUUUGCUUAGAAAAUAAUGCACCGCUGUAAUUUUAGCGUUUUUGGCCAAGGCCAUGAAAGCAUGUUCCAAAAUAUUCGGAAUGGGUACAUGGCACUAGAUAGAGUAGGUGGGAAAUUAUGUACAACUCAAUGCAAGAUAGCUUAACUAUCU